AUGCAAUUUCAUUCAAAUAUUUUUGAGCGAAACUUCAAGUGUGAUAGCGGUUUCAAGUAGUGGGUGUUUUCCCUAGCGCCGCUAGCAUAUAGUGUGUACACACUGGAGCGCGUGCACACGGCGACAAUCUUGGUAGUCAGUCUGCGGAUUGCAGCGAAUUCGCUCAUUUGAAAAAAAUAAAACAUGGCUGGAAGAGGUGGUUAUGAACACGCUAGAGGUGGCUUUGGAGGCGAACGGCAUGUGAAGCAAAUGCCAACGGAACCCCCAUUUAUUGCGUACGUGGGCAACUUGCCACAGGGUCUCGUUCAGGGAGAUGUUAUGAAAAUAUUUAAUGACUUCGAGGUGAAAAACGUGAGACUGGUCAAGGAUCGCGAAACGGAUCAGUUUAAGGGCUUCUGUUAUGUUGAGUUCGAGACGCUGGACAAUUUGGAGCGUGCCCUCGAAUGUGAUGGUCGAAUAAAGUUGGAUGAUCUGUCGGCCCCGCUGCGGAUAGACAUUGCCGAUCGCAGGAAAAAUGAACGCCCUGGUGGCGGCAUUGGCGGCGGCGGCGGCAAUGGCGGCGGCAUGAGCCGCGAUGGCGGUCGAGAUGGCUUCCAGAAACGGGGACCACCACGUCAGGGCGGCAGCAGUCAAUCGUAUAGCCGAGGCGGUCCUGGCACCGGCGGCGGUCGCGAGGCCGGCGGCGGCUCUGGUAAUCGUGGCGAUAGUAGAGAUCGCCCGGCAAAUCGCGGCCGUUAUGGUAAUUUCAACAAUGACGAGCGCUUUGAUCGCAAUCAGGAUCGAGAUCGUGGCCAACGCGAAGGCAGCUAUGGUAACCAGUCGCGCGAUGGCGAUCGGUAUAACAACUUCAGCCGGCAUCGUGACCGCGAGCGCACCCACUAUAAUCCCAACCAGCAGCAGGAACGUCCCAGCGGCGUUGCAAUGGGCGCCAUUGGUAACAAUUCGAUGAGGCAAGAUUCCAAUAUGACUGCUAAUAAUUUGGAUAUUGUUGCAGAUGAUACGGAGCGGCCACGCCUCCAGCUAAAGCCGCGAACUAUUGCGGCGCCCAUUAACGCGGUGGCUGAAACCAAACAAUCGGCCUCCAUAUUCGGCAAUGCCAAGCCGCGCGAGGAAAAGCUUAAGGAGCUACAACAGAAUAUCAAUCACAAUGGCGAUAACUAGGCGGCGGCUCUGGGUAUCUUUAAUAUGCCUAAAUGAUAUUUAAACAAACAGCAAAAUAACAAUACAAACAACAAACAGAGCUAAUAAGAAUGAUAGGGGCAUAUAUCAUUUGUGUGAAAGAGGCGGAAUGCAUAUAUAUGAAGAGUCGAGCGGAUGAGAUGGAAGCAAAUGCAAAAACAAUACAAAAAUAUAAUUAAUAACUACGCUAUAUACCUAUUAUAUAAAAACGCUAUGUACUAUGCAUACAUAAUACACAUAAACAACACUUGGCUGGCCCUCUCCCCCGCGUCAGCCAAAGCAGCAAAGCAACUUACAAGAAACAAACAAACAAACAAACAAUGCGAAAUAACUUUCUUAUCACAUGAGUUUGCUGGAAAUUGGAGCUAAAGAAACAAUAACAUCGGCGACAACAACAACAAAUAACAACUUGAACGACAACACCAACAACAAGAACAACAACAACAACAACAAAUAGAAAUAACAACAAUGGAAAGUCUUUAAAUGUUAGUCUGUAAGCAGCGGUAAAGUUAGAGCCGUGCAUAUAGCUAUACUGAGUAUGUAUAGUCCAUAUAUGCGCGCUGCUAUUUGUUAGUUAAGUAAUGCAUAUUGUAAACCAAGAAAACAAAAAAAAAAAAACAAACAAAAAACAAAAACAAAAAACAAUUACGUUCUUACCAUUUAA